AUGAGUAGCAAUCAAGAAUUUCAAGCAGUAACAGAAUCUGCGUCUAACGGAUCAACUUUCCAACAGAACCCAUAUGGGCCAAAUCCUGCUGAUUAUUUGUCUAAUGUGAAUAACUAUCAGUUGAUCGAUUCUACGUUGAGAGAAGGUGAGCAAUUCGCCAAUGCCUUUUUCGAUACCGAAAAGAAGAUUGAGAUUGCUAAGGCACUAGAUGAUUUUGGUGUCGACUAUAUCGAACUUACAUCGCCUGUGGCUUCGGAACAAUCCAGAAAGGAUUGUGAGGCUAUCUGCAAGCUUGGUUUGAAGGCCAAGAUUCUAACUCACAUUCGUUGUCACAUGGACGAUGCUAGAGUUGCUGUAGAGACUGGUGUUGAUGGUGUCGAUGUGGUUAUUGGUACCUCUAAGUUCUUGAGACAAUAUUCUCAUGGUAAGGACAUGAACUACAUUGCUAAAUCGGCAGUUGAAGUUAUAGAAUUUGUCAAGUCUAAGGGUAUUGAGAUCAGAUUCUCUUCGGAAGAUUCUUUCAGAUCCGACCUAGUCGAUUUGCUAAACAUUUACAAGACGGUGGAUAAGAUCGGUGUCAACAGAGUUGGUAUCGCUGAUACCGUUGGAUGUGCGAACCCAAGACAAGUGUAUGAGUUGGUCAGGACGUUGAAGAGUGUUGUGUCAUGUGACAUCGAGUGUCAUUUCCAUAACGAUACUGGAUGUGCUAUUGCCAACGCCUACACAGCCUUGGAAGGUGGUGCAAGACUUAUCGAUGUUGCCGUGUUGGGUAUCGGUGAGAGAAACGGUAUCACGCCCUUGGGUGGUCUAAUGGCCAGGAUGAUCGUUGCUGCACCUGAAUACACCAAGUCCAAGUACAAGUUGCAUAAGAUUAGAGACAUCGAAAAUUUGGUUGCUGAGGCCGUAGAGGUAAAUAUUCCAUUCAACAAUCCAAUCACAGGGUUCUGCGCCUUCACACACAAGGCUGGUAUCCACGCAAAGGCCAUCUUGGCAAACCCAUCCACAUACGAGAUCUUGGACCCUCACGAUUUCGGUAUGAAGAGAUACAUCCACUUCGCUAACAGGCUUACCGGUUGGAAUGCUAUCAAGUCACGUGUUGAUCAAUUGAACUUGAACCUAACCGACGGCCAGAUCAAGGAAGUUACAGCAAAGAUCAAGAAGCUCGGUGACAUCAGACCGCUCAAUAUCGACGAUGUGGAUUCCAUCAUCAAGGAUUUCCACGCUGAAGUGUCCACUCCACAGCUAACUGCUGUCAGAAGAGACAACGAGGAUGUGAACGACAUCAGCAUCCACGACGAACCAGCUGCAAAGAAGGCCAAGGUUGAGUAA